CCAGCUGUCGUGCGAUUUUGAUUUGAUUUUUGUUUUCUUUUCGGAAUUUGCAUUCCAUUCUAUUGGUUUGUAAGUACGAAGGACUUCUGAACGGGAUCAGGAUCAGGAGUAGUAUCAGUAUGCCAGUGGUGGAGCUGAGCGUGGACCGCAGCCUGGUGUGUCCGAACUUCGAUGGCUACAAGCUGUCCUUCGAUCCGGUGCCGGUGCUCCGCCAGGAGCUCGAAUCCAAUCCCCUGCGCCUGGAGCCGCACCCCAAUCAGUUUUCGCUGCUGCACGUGGAGCUGUUUGCCCGCCACAACCUGCUGUUCGCCGAUCCCUGGCUGCGCCACCACAGCUACUAUGUGAACGUGCGCCACCAGCUGGUGCAGUGCAUCUACGAUCCGCAGAGCGGACGAGCACGUGGCCAGCGGGUUGUCUACGCCCUGGAGUACCGCGACCAGGGCGACGGUCACAUCCAUCGUUCCGGGGACUACAACUACUCUGUGUGCUUCCUCUCGGAGCGCCUUUGUGUGAUCUGCGAUGGAAUGACGUCGUACCAUCUGCUGGACACCGGGGAUCGAUCGCGAUCGGGGUUGGAAACGUGGCAGCGGAUCACCCGCACGCCGGUGGAUCAUGGCAGUGAGCACCGCGGCUUUGUGCUCUACGACGCCCGAUUGGAUGUGGUGCAGGAGCGGAAGCAAAUCUCCCUGGUGGCUGGUCACGUGGCACGUCGUGUGGUGGGCAGGGAUCAGACGCAUGUCUACUACAUGGACCUCACCUGGGGACGCUGGACCCAAUGCCUGGCCAGCGGCGAGUGGGCGUACAGCGUUUGCCAGCGACUGGAGACCACUGGUUCGGUUCACUACUGCGCCUUUGAGCCACGCGCCGAGUCCCUGAUCAUCGCCAGCAAUCGCGAGGUGCAGACACCCGAGCAGCGCCAGGCAGCCGAUGAUGCAGCCGCAGCUGCUGCAGCUGCUGUUUCAUCAGUUCCUCCAGUUGUCCAGCUCCAAAAUGGUCACGAUCGCGAGCACAGCUUUAGCUGGACCCAAACGGACGAUGAUGUGCUAAUCCGUUUCCAAUUGCCAGCGGCUGCCAGUCGCAACGACUUUGACAUACGCUGCACUAGCUCCACUGUAUUGGUAAACCAUCUGGACCAUAAGCUCCUCUGCGGGGAGCUAUACGCCGGUGUGGACAACGAUCUGACCACCUGGACCAUGGAGGCCGAUGGCCUGCAACUGACGUUGGUCAAAGCGGAGCACCAGCACUGGCCGCAAUUGCUCACGCAGGAGGAUUUGGCGCCCGGCGAGGCUGGAGGUGAGGAGGAACCGGAUACCAUGGCCGAUCCGCCGCUGCCCAUCCCCAAUCUCGAGGAUCCCAUCGAGGAAUGCGACCUGGGGCUACCCGACGAGGACAUCAAGAUGGUGCGCUUCAACCUGACCGGGGGGGACAUCACCCACACCAUUUUCCUGGGCUCCACGCCACUGCUGUUUUCGGCCACGCUGCGUCCCGGAUUCCCGGCCGCCUUUGCCACGCGCCAAGGUGUCGACGCCUCCGUUUGGCUGCAGAUGUACCAGCCCAGUCGACCGGACGUGUGGAGCGUCCGCCAUGAGGGACAGCUGCACGCCUUCGGCUAUGUGCAGGCCUCCAAGGAGCAGCGCAAGUUCACCGCCUGCUGCCCGGAUCUGGAAUAUGUGGUCAUCUGCGAGAGCUUUCGCCACGUGCUCGUCUACCGGCCGCGCAACGAUUCCGCCGGAGGUCUGCGCAAGCGCAACGGACCGCCAGUCACCGUGGGCAAACAGAAUCUGAUCACCCUGGAUAACAACGCCGGCGAGAUCCUGGGCAUGUCCACCGCCAACAAUCUGAUCACCAUCCUCACCAACUUUGCCCUGCUCCACCUGCAGGUGUGAGGAAUUGCCAUCAAAGACAGCAUUUUCAAACUUUUGUACUACUUACCUUUAAAAAUGUCUCGUUAGGUGGACAUGAAUCCAUGAAUGACCUUACAUUUAGAAUAUAGAAAUGUAAUGUAUUUUGAGAAUAUCAAAAAUAUAAAUCUUGGCAUUUAUAAUUUUGUAAAGAAUUAAAUAUACCAAUUGUUAUAGGUAUAGUUUAUUAUUUUUAAUACAAAAAAUACAAUAAAUAGUCGACGGUGACUAAAAAAUGGAAAAA